UAAGGAAGAAGGGGAACCACCGGUCGAAAACCCCGGCGGGCCUCCAGCGGCCAAGGAGCGCGCCCGCUGCACCGCCCGGCCCGCCUCCGGCCACUCGGCCAGCAGAACGUCACGGACACGCCCCUCGGCUGUGAGCAGCGCUCUCAAGAACUCCGGAGGAGGGGGAUUUCUCGGGGACCCGCGGCUUCUCACGCGCGGAGCCCUCGCCGCGCGCCUCCGGGAGCUCCCCGCGCGAGCGUGCAGGCCGCCGUGGCUCUGAAGGGAAGGGAGCGCAGCGGCCCAGCAGCCCAGCAGCCCAGCAGCCCCAGCGGGGUAGCGCGUCCGCCGCGAGGCCCCGCCCCCCGCCGCGGGUAGGCGGUAGCGCGAGUGACGUAAGCAGCGGGAAAUCCCCUCUCCCCCCGUUCCGCCGGGCGGUCCGCCCCGCCCCCUGCCCCUGCCGCGGCAUCCUGGCAGGGCGACGCCAGGACACUAGUGACCGGAGCGCGGAGAUUCGGGGGUGGGAAGGUGUGAGCCGCAAACCCAGAGGAGCCGGGAAAGAAGAGGAGGCCCGGGGGUGGUCCGAGGACUGGGGUCCCGGCAGCAGAGGCUGCUCAGCCUCCUCACUGGCUGGCUGGCUAGUUGGCUGACUGACGGGCUAGCUGGCUGACCUUCUGCCUGCCUGACCGACUGCCUGGCUGACUGACUGACUGACUGACUGACUGACUGACUGACUGACUGACUGACUGACUGACUGACUGACUGACUGACUGACUGACUGACUGACUGACUGACUGACUGACUGACUGACUGACUGACUGACUGACUGACUGACUGACUGGCUGCCUGGCUGCCUGGCUUGCAGCCCCUGGCCGGACGCUGGAAGCUGCAGCGAGCGGCGCGCGGAGCCGAGCCAUGGCUUCGAGUGGAUAUAAUCCAUAUGUGGAAAUAAUUGAACAGCCAAGGCAGAGGGGAAUGCGGUUUAGAUACAAGUGUGAAGGGCGAUCAGCAGGCAGCAUUCCAGGGGAGCGCAGCACAGACAACAACCGGACUUACCCAUCUAUCCAGAUUAUGAACUACUAUGGAAAAGGAAAAGUAAGAAUUACAUUAGUAACAAAGAAUGACCCAUAUAAACCCCAUCCUCAUGAUUUAGUUGGAAAAGAUUGCAGAGAUGGGUACUAUGAAGCAGAAUUUGGACCGGAACGCAGACCUUUGUUUUUUCAAAAUUUGGGCAUUCGAUGUGUAAAGAAAAAGGAAGUGAAAGAAGCUAUUAUUUUAAGAAUUAGUGCAGGAAUCAAUCCUUUCAAUGUCCCUGAACAGCAGCUGCUGGACAUUGAAGACUGUGACCUCAAUGUGGUGAGGCUGUGCUUUCAAGUUUUCCUUCCCGAUGAACAUGGUAACUUCACAGCCGCUCUGCCUCCCAUUGUUUCUAACCCAAUUUAUGACAACCGUGCCCCAAAUACUGCAGAAUUAAGGAUCUGUCGUGUGAACAAGAACUGUGGAAGUGUCAGGGGAGGAGAUGAGAUAUUUCUACUUUGUGACAAAGUUCAGAAAGAUGAUAUAGAAGUUCGUUUUGUGUUGAAUGACUGGGAAGCCAAAGGUGUUUUUUCACAAGCUGAUGUACACCGCCAAGUAGCCAUUGUUUUCAAGACUCCUCCAUAUUGCAAAGCUAUACUGGAGCCUGUGACAGUGAAAAUGCAGCUGCGGAGGCCUUCUGACCAGGAAGUGAGUGAGUCUAUGGAUUUCAGAUACCUGCCAGAUGAAAAAGAUGCAUAUGGCAAUAAGUCAAAGAAACAAAAAACAACUCUAAUUUUUCAGAAACUGCUGCAAGAUUGUGGUCACUUUACUGAGAAACCAAGAACUGUCCCUGUAGGAUCAAUUGGAGAAGGAAGAUUCAUCAAAAAAGAAUCAAACUUGUUUUCUCAUGGUACAGUUUUACCAGAAAUGCCCAGGGCUUCAGGAGUUCCAGGGCAAGCUGAACCCUACUAUUCUCCAUCGGGGUCCAUCUCAAGUGGAUUGUCACAUCACACACCAGCCAUAUCCUCAGUGGCCCAUCAGCCUCCAAGCUGGUCACCAGUGACGCACCCCACCUCACACCCAGUCAGCACUAAUACUCUGAGUGGUUUCUCUGCGGGAACACUUCCCUCUAAUUCACAAAGUAUCCUCCCAUUCCUAGACGCACCUGGCGUGAGCGACCUAAGUGCUUCUAAUGCGUGCCUUUAUACUGAUGGCCUAGCUAGAAUGGAAACGCCAUCCAUGUCACCAACUGACUUAUACAGCAUCUCUGAUGUCGACAUGCUAUCUACUCGGCCUGUGAGUGUGAUGACACCCAACACUGAUGGCAUGGGGGAUACUGACAACCCAAGACUUGUGAGCAUCAAUCUCGAAAACCCCGCAGUUAAUGCCAGGUUAGACCCAAGAGACCCAAGACAACUACAUCAGAUGUCCCCUGCCAGUAUGUCAGUGGGCACCAGUUCCAGUUCUGGUUUUGUUUCACAAUCAGAUGCAUUUGAUAGAUCAAACUUCAGUUGUGUAGAUAAUGGCCUGAUGAAUGAGCCUGGACUAUCAAAUGAUGCAAACAAUCCUAACUUUAUUCAGAGCAGUCAAUAUUCAAGUAUUGAUACUCUGCAAAAUGAGCAACUGAGUGAUUCCUUUGCAUAUGGUUUUUUCAAAAUAUGAGUUGUAGGACUUAAAUAGGUAUAUAGAGUAGUAAGAGAAAGUUCAGAAGUCAAAACUUUAAAAGCCGCUACUGUUUCUUACUUUGAAAGAUAUGCCUAAAGUCCAUAUGCUUGAUGUGAGUUGUUUUCCUGUAUUUUCCCAAGACAAACUAUGUGUCUUUUAUAAUGUAUUAGUUAAAUGAUAUUUGCUUUCAAGCAGAUUUAAGGUAAAACAUGUAAUGGCUAUGCCAUUGGGAAAUAAACUCAUUAUUGUUGUUGAGGCCCAUAGGCCAAAGUGACCCCUAAGGGGUUUUCUGAGGUUUCUUGGUAUUUUUAGUGUGUGUGUGUGUGUGUGUGUGUGUGUGUGUUUGUGUGUGUGUGUUAAAGUAAGCUUUCAAGACAUGAAAGGUUUUUUUUCUAUUAUUUAGACUUUUAUCUUUAAAGUUACAUGUGAAAUUAGCUUGAUAUCUAUAUUUUCAAGAAAAAGUUUUCUUGAGCCUUUUGUUUUUAGAUGUUCUCACUCAGUUUGAUCUCAUAAAGCCUGUCUACUUCUCUAUAAAGAAUCUAACCAGGUAUUCCGGACUCAUGUCUGUAAUCUCCCUACUUGAGAUUGUAAGUUCAAAACCUGCUGAACUACAUAGUAAGUACAAUACCAGCUUGGGCAGCUUAUGGAAAUCUUGUCUCAAAAACAGAAAAGACCAAGGAUGUAGCUCAGUGGUGGAGUUUGCCUAACAUUCGCAAGGCCCUGUGUUCAGCCCUGUGUAGAAGAAAACAAAAUAACAAGUCUGUUUUAGCUCAAUAUAUCCAUACAGAGCUUCCAGACUUGUGUCUUCUUCAGCCUUCCCCACUCUGUAUGUCGUCAUGCCAUGCUUCCCGUUGCCAAGCCAAACCCCAUGGUGGACCUUUAUUCUUCCUUUACCUCCCACAUCUGUCUAGCCCAUCAUCAAACCCAGAAGGCCAUUUCCUCAGUGUGCAUCCAAGCCCACCAUCUCCUUUGAACUUUUGUUUGAGACAGGCUGGCCUCAGACCUGCUAUGUAGCCAAAGAUGCCUUCAACCUUCAGAUGCUCCUGCUCUGUCUCUGGGGUGUUGGGAUUACUAGUGCAUCCCCACACUGGGUUUGUGUGGUGCUAGGGAUCAAAGACAGGUCUCUACUGGGAGAGGUCUUCUCACAGUUGAGCUAUCUGCUCAGCUCCGACUAACCACAGGCAUUUUGUGUUAGUGACACUGAUAAGCCCAGCUACAGCUGUUAGAAAGCUCAACAGAUGUUACUCACACAUUGACUUAUUUCACAAGGUGAACUAAGUAUGUCUACAUCUACGUUUAGAGUAUUUUCAGUUGAUGUUUUACUUUCAGGUGCUACUCACAGAUCACAUCAUUCAGUUUAUACCUUACAAUGCGUUUAGCAACAUGUUUUUCCUUUCUCUCUGGCUGCAUUUGUAUUGCACGUGGUUUUGAGAGAAUUGGCCUUCUUUUCCAGAUUCCACUUGUGCACGACAUCUCUCCUCCUGUUCCCAGUAGCCUCAUAUCACCAGUUUAGUUGUUGCUUUCUUUGUAUAAACAGAAUAAGUAUCUUCUUGAGCUUAAAAGGAAAGAUUGAAAAAUAUUCCCUUCAAAUACCAAGAACCCUUCCCCCACCACGCCCUGUCCUUCCCGCAUCUUUACCUGUAAAACACCAUGCCUCUUCUGUCUUCCCACCUCUCCCUCUCUCCUUCACCUUCCAUGUCUGUCUUUGGUUUCCCCCGUUGCUUGUCUUCUUAUCAGCCUUUACCCUCCUUGUCUGUGCUGUCCACAGCCUGUUACCUCCUGAUGGACAGGCUCCCCGUGGGGCUGUGCUGUCUGCACUCUCCUCAGCACCGAAGCUUCUCCUGCUUUGGGAUGCUCAUGGUGAGAAGCUGCCUGCCCUCAGCUCUGUUUCCCCCAUGGCAUUACUGCUGUCACAGGGAUAAUUUAUUAGAGACCUCAAAGUCAUAUCUGAUUGUCCUCCAGCCAUACAUUGUCCUUUUGUGUCUGCCUACUCAGUGCCAUGCAUCUGCCCCUUCUGUUACUGGAAAUCUUCAUUCUUUUUCUUCAGUGAAUAUCUUUUCCAUAUUAAACAUAUGGAAAAUGUUUUUUAAUACCGUAUUCCACUUAUACUUUGUAGUUGGAAUGUGUUGAAUUUAUUCCCACAGGUGUCUGUAUAUGUAACCUAUUCUGCCUCUGCUCCCAACACUUAGCUUUUAACAGCAGGCUUCUCUGCAAGGCUUGGUCCUGCUGCCACAGCUGAAAGGUGCAGCUCUGUGUGCUCCUGUAUUAUAGCCCUUCAGUGGAUGGUAGUCAGCUCUGGCCUAACUGGUGCUGAAUAAAUCGUAGCUAUUUGUUAGAAAAGGGGGAUAAUUAUAAAAUCAUAUUUGAGGAUAUAGUUUUUAAUGGGAAAGGUGCUUCCCUCUGCAGGGAAAGUAAUGAUGCCAUGAUAACCUGUCGUGUGAGACAUGCUUCUCUCCUGGUGAACUGCUGCUGCUCUUCCUCCUCCUCUUCCUCCUUCCCCUCCUCUUCUUGCCCCUCCUCUUCCUCCUUCCUCUUUCAAAAAAUAUGCAAACACUGGUACAUAGCUUCGUGGUAGAGCAUGACCCUGUGUUUGGUACCCAGAAUUGCAACUACAACUACAACAAAAUUAUAAAACAGAAGUGAGGCUCUUUGAUACCCAAAGCAGUUCUCUUGGAAAUCGUAGUACCAGCAAUAUAGUAUCAGGUAGAAAUCCUGCCUCUGUAUAGCAAGUUAUAUCCCAAAUAUCCCAGUGGUACCCCUUGAUAAUUUACUAUGCACAGAUAUGGCAGUAGCCUGUAUUCAUGUAAUCCAUAUGACGUUUUUGUAACUGUAUAUUGUAUAAUGUACCAUGUUCCAUGUAGAAAAUAAGAGGGGAAUGGUAUUCAACUUUUGUUCUCAAAGAUGUUUCUUUUCUUAUGAGGAAUCACACAUAUAGUCAACUACAUAAAUAUGAACAAACUUUAAGGUAUAAUUUGAAGAAUUUUUGAUUAUGUAAAAACUAUGCAACUACUAUGCUUGGGACCCCAGAAGUUCUCCACACCUCCAAACCUCUGUUCUGAUUUUGGUCACCUAUCUUUUUCAUUUGCUAAUUAGUUCUCCAUUUGGAAAACCUUAGUGUAGAGUAACUGGGUUGUCAGUUUCUUACUAUGCUUUGUCAUGUUUCCACAGCCUCAGAAAAACUAUAUUUUCAUGGUUAGACUCAAAAUUGGUGAUCCAGGUUGUCUAAUUGUACCAAAUCAAAUUUUAAUCAUAAGUUGGUAUACUGAAAAUUUACCAUAAGCUGUCAGACAGCAUGAAACAAGAUAAAGAAGAGAGACUGAUUUUAGUCAGUUAGCCUAAAUGGGCCUGCUGGUCCUCAGACACUUAGGCAGAAGAUAACCAGUUCAAGGCCUGCAUGGUCUGCAGAGUGAGUUCAAGGGAACAACUUUGUGAGCUCCUAUCUCAAAAUAUAAAUUGAAAAACAGGGGGUCCUGAGAUAUAGUUCAGUGAUAGAGCACCUAGCGUGUAUAGCUGAAGACGCAGUGCCCACUCCCAGAGAGCUAAAAACCUGGCCUUCCUACUUCUUCCCAGGAUGUGUUUUGAGCUAAGUUAUGCCUGAAAAGAAACACCGAGUUAAAGAUAAAUUAAUAGCUGUGUUUUUCAUGGACCCUGAUUAGUCUAUUAUCCAAACAUUCCUAGCCACUCGAUACCCAGAGAGAAAAAAAUCACAGGGUGGAUAAACACUUUGGGAGACCUAUGAUGCAGACUUCUCUUUAGACUAAUGGCUAAGUCCCCCCAUAUGGAGAAGUUCUUUUGGACCUUGCUCUCUCAGAGGACACUUUCUUAUCAAGGGAAGUGUGUUACUGGCUUUACAUUUGGAAUUUUGUGACUUGAUUUCUUUGUAGAAGUUGAGAGUCCUUGGGAAUACUUUGAUUCUUGUGACGCUGCCACUGCAGGGUUUUAGGUUUGUUGAGAGGUUGGAUGUGCAUGGAAGAGGACAGAAUGAAUGCCUUUGUGUCUAUGAAUGGAAAGGCCACGCUAUUCUUGGAAGCCCAGCAGUGGGCUAUAGGCAUGAAGACGCCACCCAUGUCUAUCCAGUUUCAUCCCUUGAAUAUUUAAGCUUGACAUCAUGGCAGAUUUUAAACCUCAAGGUCAACAGUGGAUGAGAUCAAAUCUCAAAAGUAAUCAGAUCUGAUUGUUUUCAUCUGGUUGUUUUCAUGUAUACAAAAGACUGAAAACCCAAUCAUGUCCUCACCAUCUUUUGUCUUUUUGGUUGGUUUUGGGGAGGUUGGUCUUGUUUUGUUUUGUUUUGUUUUUUCCAAGCAGGGUUUUUCUGUGUUGCCCAGGCUGUCCUGGAACUCACAGAAGUCUACUUCUGCCUUUCAAACAACUUUAGGAAUUUUGUUAUUGUCAUUCAUUGUUGGUUUUGUUUGUUUGUUUGUUUGUUUUUUGGUUUGUUGUUGUUUGUAGCUUUCAGAACUUUAAAGAAUCACAAACAAGCCAGGUGGCAGUCACACACUCCUUUAAUCCCAGCAUUCAGGGGGCAAAGGCAGGCAGAUUUCUGUUAAUUUGAGGCCAGCCUGGGCUACAGAGUGUCAGGCCAGCUGUGGAUACACAGAGAAAACUUGUCUCAGAAAACAACAACAAGCCCAAAACCAAACCAAAACAACAACAAGAAUCACAAACAAAAUAAAAAGAAAUGUUGAUUCCUCAACAAAUUGAGUUUUUUGCAGAUAUGUAAUUUUUGGUAAAAUACCAAAUUUAUCUUGGGUAAUUUCUUCCUAAGCUUCUCUAACCAAAAUGUAACUUCCCAUGAGAUGGAGUAAGAUAAGCCUGGGGUACCUUGGGAUAACUAUGACUUCACUGAUCUUAGUGAAGCAGCCAUAGUGAUACAUCCUGUAGCUCCAACACUUGGAAGGCUGAGGCAGGAGGGAUGCUUGAAGGUAGGAACUCAGGUCUCCGUGUUACCCACGGAGACCUCAGCCAGUCGGUCAUCAGUCAGAGAACUUUAAAACACUGUUGGCUAUGGUUAAAAGACUCCAAUAAAACAGUGGAAUCUUUGCUGUUGUUUUUGACCUUAAAUUGAAUACUGACCUGCCUCUCCCUUUUGAGUACUAGGAUUGUAGGCAUAUGCCACCACUCCUCACCUAAUGUAAAAUAUUUAGAUUUCGGAGAGGAGGGGAACAUCAUGCUGGUAUUGAACCCCCAGGGUCUCAUACAAGUUAGGGUUGGUGUUAGUGCUCUACCACUAAGUUGUCUGCAUUUGAAACUGUUUAAAUGCUUAAUGAUGAGUAAGUUUCAAGGCUCUGGUGAAAUUAUAUUUUUUAAGUUCUCAGUAGCACCUAAGAAGUUGAACUUUGUAUGAACGUGCCUUUUAUUAUAUAGCAUAUUGUGUUACUUUUGUAAUAUCUUUGUAUACUGUGAUUUUUUUCUUAUUAAUGUAAUAAACCAUUUUCUAAAAAU